AUGAAUCUUCUAUUGCCGAUAUUCCGUCUACCGUUUCGAGCAAUGGAACAAGUAUCUAAAGCAUUGCACUCAAUAAUAAACAUGAUUAGCAACCGUAGAAGUAAUAAAUUUCCAAUCCUCCGUCUACCGUUUCUUGCCAUCGAAGAAAUCUUCAAAGCGAUGGAUCCAUUCGAAAUAAUCAACUUCUCAAUGACUUCCAAACGAGCCAAAAUAGUUACAAAAGCGAUGGUCUUCAAUUCAAAAUAUGUUAUAUGUGUUUUUAUAGACACAACAUUGGGAAUAGCAAUUAAUGGAACUAAAAAUCGGGUAUCAUGUGUUUAUGAAAUGACAUCAGACAAACAAAUGGACGGAAAAACUGAAGAAGAUAAACGUAAUCGUUUCAUUACACGGAAGGCAUUCAAGUAUUCUAAAGAUCCAGUAGAGGAAUGGAAACAGUUGUGUAAGCAUGUAUUGGAAAUAUUCAAGAAGCAGUCGAUCGACCGUUUAACAAUGACUAUGGAUGCAUUCGUAGAUCACAACGUUUCAAUUAUUGAUUUUUUGAGAACAAACGUGAACUCAGUAGAAAAAUGCAAUCUGUGGCAUUCGGAAGACGAGAAUGACGUAGACGAACACGCCGCAUAUUUUCUCGAUAAAUUAAAAGUUAGCAAUGAGUUAUAUUUUUAUCUAAAAAUUAAAAACGACAAUUUCAAUGGGAAAAUUCCAAAAAAUCUGAAUGAAUUAUAUCUCCCCAACUCGCAUUGGAUUGGAUAUGAGAAACUGCUUGAUAUAGAUUGCAAGCAUGUAGUCCUGACAAAUGAUCGGAUCUGGGAAGAAGAAUGGAAUUUAUUCAUCAAGAAAUGGAUAGCAAUGGAAACAAAUCAGAAUUUGGAAUACAUGGAACUCGAUAACAGAAACCUAGAUAUAUUCCGAAUUCAUGUGUUGUAUGAUAUUCCGCAUGAAGUAGUGGAUGAUGGAGUCAAACGAAUCUUGAAAACUCGCUUCAAUCAAAAUCAAGAAUUCAACGGAGGAAUCGACAUUCGACGAAUCGAUGGAAAAACUGCAACACUCUGCGUGUGCCGAAUAUUUGGAAUGAAUCGUUUUGCUAUGAGGGUUCAUUAA